AUGGUUCGAUGCGAAAAAUUUGGUCUGCCAAAGAUGUAUCUGAGGAUUUUUACACUGCUUAUCCUAGUAUUCCACCAUGUAAAUGCUCAAUACUAUGAGGGAAGACGGUUAAAACCUUGCGAGCUCGAGACAUUAUUACGUGACUUAACGUACCCAGAUGAAGGAUAUGAAAUGCAUGCUGCUGCCCUCCGCACUCAACUACGACACAUUUUGGAACAAGAACCAUCUGAUAACUAUCAAACUGUUGAUGAGAGCUCUGAAGCUGGCAGUGGUCAUUACGAAGACAAACGUUCGUACCGGUCGUUGGUGCGAGAUGGUGCUAUUUUUGGAAAACGUAAUAUAGAUGCACUAGCACGGGCCGGUUUGCUACGCAAUCAACCAGAUUAUCUGAAACGCAGUUUGGCUACACUGGCCAAAAACGGACAACUGCCAUCUCGCGAUCCUGAAUCGGAAGACACCACCCCAGACGGCGAGUGGACCGAGGAUAAACGGAAUGUUGUUUCAGCAUUCAAGUCCGGUUACAUGGCAAAUGGCAAGCGAAACAUUGCGUCGUUGGCUCGAAAGUAUGAGCUUCCCGGAAAACGAAAUAUUCAGUCAUUGCUUCGUACCGGCAUGUUACCGUCGAUUGCUCCAAAACGCAACAUGCAAUCCUUAGCUCGUGAUAAUGCACUUCCGGGGUACGGAAAUUCAGACAAGCGUAAUAUUCAAACUUUGGUACGCGGAUGGAGCUUACCGAAACUGAAUAAUAAACUCUCUGAUGGGUCAGGAUCAACUGGUGAUAACGAAAAGCGUAAUAUUCAAUCGCUAAAGAACUCGCAAGGUGGCCGAAAAAAACGUGAGUUGUACUACGAUGAUGUCGAAGAAAGCAGUCCGGAAGUUCUAGAACCCGUACACCAAACGGUUCCUGUUGACUAUGAGGAACUAAUGGCGGCGAUGAUUCAAACAUAUCCUUAUUACAAUACAGACAAUCAUCUCGAACAGAAGCGUUUCCUUGGUAAUAGCAAAGGAUACGUUAUAAAUGGAUAUGGCGAAAAUGAGCUAGCAGACACCAGGCCUACCAAACGUCACAUUGCUUCUAUCGUUCGUUCUGGCUGGGCGCCAUCGUUCCGACCGUUACGUGGAAACCGUUUCAGCCGGGCCGGAAGGGCGAGGUCGAAUUUUACUCCCGACCAGAGCCACUACGACAGCCAACCAGCGGCGUAUGUAGACAAUGCAUUAGCGGAUUCCGAGACACCGUUAGCUGGAGAACUCCAGGGCUACAGUCCUCGUGGGGUGCAGCUCCACCCCGAGUUGCCGCGCUACACUGGAGAGGUCUUCGUGAAUCAUCCUUACGCUCACGAAGAAUACUUCAGUGAACGAAUGAGUCCAUUUUACACGGCCGAGGAGUACCGAUGCGCCAGCCGCCUGCGUAAGUUGCUAUACCAUCUUAAGAAACAGUACUAUCUGGACAAUAAGUACAUUCAGGCUAUGUACGGUAGAAGUACGGGGUUUUAUAAAUAAUUUGUAUUUUGCUAGCUGAUGUUUCUAAUAUGGAGAACAACUUACCAAUUACCAAAAUACAAAAACAUAAUUUUAUUUAAAGAAGCUAUUGUGUAAUAUGAAUAGAUCCUUUAAGUUUUCAAGGGAGUGUUUGAAAUCUUUAUUAUUUUGUGUCUUCAAUUGCGACUCCAUUGAAUAUAAACACAACUUACAACCGAAUGAAUUGUAAUCGUUUUUUGAUUGUAAGUUCAUUCGGUAUAAUAUCAAAAUAUUCUCAUAUCUCUUUGCUCAUAUCAAAUAUUUAGAAAACACAAUGGAAAACUGAAACAAUAAUCAAGAUGGUAGUGACAGCCUCGUAUAUGUAACUGUCCAAUGCAUAUUAUACACGAAUCUUUGAAUGAUGAUCAUAUAUUAUCCUGAUGCAAAUUGAUAUACAUUUGUGGUGUUUGGAGAAUUAAAUAUUUAAAACCUGGAGAUAAGUAGCUGAAAACGAAAUGAUGGCUGGUGCGGUUAUUUUAAUUGAUCUACUCAAAAGAUUAUGAAACAUUGCAAAGAUUCCAGGCAUUCUGAGCCAAUUCAACAAUACAUUUGAAAAAUCAACUGGCAUUGUGAUUUUUUACUCUUCAUUCAAUAGUGUAGAGUAAUCCGAUUACUCAGGAUAGCAGGAGCUGGAAACAUUGUUUGGACGAAACGUACUGAUAUGCCUUACAAGCGUCUUGCGUUAAUUAGGGAGUAUAAUUAUUUUAUAAUACAUAAAAAUUUAACGUAAGAUUUCAUUAAACCUUCAAUAAACAAGAUUGAUAUUUGUUAAAACACCAUGUAAAAUAUCUCAACUUUUCUGAUAUGAGCUCACAUUACUUUUGACUUAUUUUACUUUUGUUCGAUGGUGUCAACUAUUCUUAGCAUGAAAACAAUAAAAACAAUAUACGUUAGAAUAAAAACACAUACACACAAAAGGCUAACUGGGAAACGGUCAAAUGGUUCGCUAGUACAAUGUUUCAGCAUUCUGUAGCAUUUCCUUGCUUACAACAUAAAUUGGAUGUUAGAAUAACUGGAAGCUUUGCUAAUGCAGCCCGAAAUUUGUGUAAAAAAUGGCUACGCUAAUAAUGUUUUAACAUCAAUUUAAAUUGACAAUAAUAUCUCGAUUUUCACUCGUUUCUAUACAUUUUUGAACGACUUCUGCCGUUUUAUGUUAUAAAUAAAGGUUGUAGCUUUGAAAAUGUUAUUCCUUGCACGGGCGUGGUUUUCACGUUGAAGUCCGACGAGUGAAUGAAUCUUGUGGAAAAAAUUAAGAGAUAAAAAUACUUCGAUUACUUAUUACAAAGCCAACAUGCGGCAAUCAAUUAUAAGAAAAUGCAUUUUGAUCCCAUGCAGUGUGAAGAAAUGGUCGAAAAUUUUAUAUUACCUAAUAUCUCCAUGUACAUGAUAUUUGUGAUGAUAUUGACAUUGACAGCUACACAACCUGUUCUAUAAAGGAAAUACGAAUAAAACAUUGGCACUUAGGACAAUAAUAUGUCGUACAUUUGCGGCAGCGUCAUCGGAGUUGGGCGUUACAACAAGGAGGAUUACAAUAAUGACACAAUGCCAUAAGACAUGCACAGUUUUCCCUCAAGGAUAAUUAGUAUCGAUUACAGAAUCAAAACUCCAAACAGUAAAAUAGGAAUUAUAUCAUUGUGACCUUUCCCACAAAGAGUCUGCCUACGUAGAAUGGGGUAAACAGAUUGACACACUUGAAGUCUGAAAUAAUAAAUGUUUACUGUCAAUGUGUAAUAUUGCAUCGUAAGCAAAAUCUGACAAUAAAUGGCAACAAUAAUAAAAUAAAGAUAUAUUAAAAUAUGAAAUAUUGUAGGACACUCAGCAGGUGCCUAGAAAAGUGCUGGAAAGCUAGUAUUUAAAUGAAUGCAGUGCAAACAAGACAAUAAUUUAUCAUUGGCAUAGAUAAAGCAUGCUCACAUCCAUGCGUAUGACAAGAUUUAUAUCAUGAAUAUUGAAAAGUUUGUAACUGGUGUGUUCCAUAUAACAUUAAAGUUACUUCAAGUAAAAUAUUAUACUGCAGAAAAAAACGCAUAGACAAGGCCGCCCUGGACAUCCACAGGAUUGUAAUUCUGCUCAUAAGAAGAGGUCGUUCGAUUUAUUUUUUGUGAACUGUAUUUUAAAAUAAAUGAAGAAACAUUAAUGUCGGUCAAAAAGUGUAAACAUGUCAUUCGUUUGGGUUCCGACAAGCAUCACUACGUAAAUAUAAAUACAUGAUAUAUGAAUACAGAUAUAUAAGAGCUAAUCAUAACGAUUGAACCACUUUCUCCCUAACGAUCUGUGCAAUGGUCGCAUGAAAAUAAACAAAAGUCCUUAUAAUGAAAUAUAAAGCAUUCAAAUAAAAUUACACGAAUGAAUUCAUAAUGCU